AUGAAGAAGCUCAAGUCUUUGCGCAAAUCCAAAGGCUGCACCAUUAUUGGAAAAUGGAUCAAGAGUAUAGUCAACCACUUGUAUUUCGUGGCUGCAGCAGGAAAUGGCGAUGGGGACCUGAUAGUCAGCAUGUGGCGUAGCAUGCUCAAUCACAUCUGCAACCAGCAUGUGGGCCACCAGAGACCGUUCACUGCUUGCUUACAUGGGCCCCUUGAAGAUAGAGAAUGGAUGAAACGAGAUUCUCUCGCAUUCUCCAAGAUGCGCGCCAUUCUGGAAUGUCCACGCCUGCUGAAUGACCUGCGCCAGCUAUCCCCAGAUGACCAAACGUUUUCAUUGGAGGCACUCAACAGCUUGACCAAACGUUAUGUCAACCGGCUGCGAGUUGAUGUGGUCAACAGGUGUACAGCUUCCUCACACAAAGGUAGCCAGCAGCUGAGAACACAACAGCCACACCGGUGCAUGACUGACGACUACGACAAGCCUGACAAAGCAGCAUUAGUCGCACAGCUGAAAUCGAGGUUUCAAUGA